UUGCUGUAUUACUGUCUACAUUUUAUAGACGUGGUGGCAUCGUUAAGUAACUGGCCCAGAGUCACACAGCUUUUAAGCGACUUAGCUAGGACAUAAAUCCAGGCGCUCUUCCUCCCGGGGUCCCUCUGCACCUUAGCACUUGGCGUCUCCUAUUUGAUUCCCAAACUCCAUUCGCGCGGAGGCGUCAGGAUGACGGGUGCCAGGGCAGUGCUGUGGAAGGAGGCGGUGGGAGGGAGCGAGUUGGACCUAUAACUGAGGCUGAAGAGGGCGCUGCUCACCCUGACUCUUCUGGACGUCAGCGCACUAGACUUUGGGAGUCACUAGACUUUCGGAGCCCAGAAGGCAGAGCCGACAGACCUCAGCAGGCGUCCGGGCACGAGAGCGGGAUGUACUUCUGCUGGGGCGCCGGGCGGCUGCGCCGGGAACAAGCGGGCCCGGGGGCCAACGCGCUGCUGCAGGCGGCCAGCGGGGAGCAUCACUCGCUGCUGCUGCUGAGCGACGGCUCUGUCCAGUCGUGCGGGGACAACAGCCGGGGCCAGCUGGGCCGCAGGGGCGCGCCGCGCGGGAAGCAGCCAGGUGAGCGCCGGGACGCAGAACCAAUUCCAGAGUUGGAAACUCUUCAUGUUGCUCUUGUGAGCUGUGGAAAGGAGCACUCCCUGGCUGUCUGUCGUAAAGGAAGGGUCUUCGCCUGGGGAGCUGGUUCUGAUGGACAGCUGGGAACUGGAGAAUUUAAGGAAAUAAAUUUCAUCCCUAAGAAGAUAAAAACUCUGACUGGUAUAAAAAUUAUACAAGUUUCCUGUGGACACUACCACUCCCUGGCAUUAUCAGAAGAUGGUCAGGUGUUUUCAUGGGGAAAGAACAUCGAUGGGCAGCUGGGCCUGGGAUCGGAGUUCCCCUCCCAAGCCAGCCCGCAGAGGGUGAGGUCCCUGGAGGGGAUCCCGCUGGCGCAGGUGGCUGCAGGAGGGGCCCACAGCUUUGCCCUGUCUCUCUCUGGGACUUCAUUUGGCUGGGGAAGCAACAGUGCAGGGCAGCUCGCCCUCCGCAGGAGUAAAGUCCCAGCACAAAGCUACAGGCCUCGUUCAGUGGGAGCACUGAAGAGUUUUGGUGUGACUUAUAUCAGCUGCGGUUAUGAGCACACUGCAGUGCUUACCCAGGAUGGGAAAGUGUUCACGUUUGGGGACAACAGCUAUGGACAGCUGGGACACAGCCCCACUGCCGAGAAGCGAGGGCCGCAACUGGUGGAAAGAAUUGAAGGCCUAGUUUCACAGAUAGAAUGUGGAAGUUAUCACACCCUUGCGUAUGUCUACACCACUGGCCAGGUGGUGUCUUUUGGUCGUGGACCAAGUUGCACAAGCCACUCGCCUCAUCCAGGGACUCCGGCAGAGAACUUUGACAUUAGCUGCCUGAUUUCUGCUGAUGACCUUGUGGAUGUUCAAGUCAAACACAUUUUUGCUGGAACAUAUGCCGACUUUGUGACAACUUACCAGAAGGAUACUAGUUCCACCAGUGUUUCCAGGAAAAUCCUGCCAGAAAUAAGCCGAAUUAACCAGUCCCUGAUAGAAAAAUGGAAGGCAGUGGCAAGACGAAGUACAGAAUAUGAAGUGGCUGAGAGUGAAAUUAGAGUGAUAUUUUCAUCUCCUGCUUGUCUGACUGCAAGUUUCUUAAAGAAAAGAGAAUCUAGGGAAACGAUUUCCGGUGAUGUGGACUUACAAAUGGCAAGAGAUGCCUUCGAGAAAUUAACAACAGAGGAAUGGAUUUCUUCUUUGAUAACUACAUAUCUCAAGGAUAAUCUGCUCAGAGCUCUUCCAUCUCGUUCUCCACACGAAGAAGCAUUAUCAGUUUUCCUUCUGCUCCCAGAGUGUCCUGUGAUGCAUGAUCCGAGGAACUGGAUGACUCUGGUGGUUCCAUUUGCAGAGACUGUUUAUAUCAUGAUGGGCCAGCCUUUACAAGUCCUGAAGCAGUGUUGGGCAUCUUUGCAAGAAUCCUCUCUCAACACACUGGUCCAGAUGCUUAAAACUGCCGUUGUCUCUCAAAUGUAUCAUUGGACUGAAACCAUUCAGAGUCACAACAAUGUUAAAGUUCUUCUAGAAAUGAUGAAAGAAGUGUAUAAGGUAAACAAAGCUAACCGUCGACUAUCAGAAAAUGCUUUCAACAUAAGUGAACUCUCCACUUGUUUGAACUUUUAUCAAGAGAGAACAAGAGUGAUCUUUAGGAAUAACAACCUGAUGUUUGAAGAAAACCUCAGUCCCACUAUUUUCAGUGAUUAUCCAUUUAUCUUUAAUUUGCUCUCCAAAAUUAGAUUAUUACAAGCUGAUUCCCAUAUAAAAAUGCUGGAAUCAGAAGGAAAAAAAAUUUGGCAAAUGAUUCUUUCAGGAGAAGCUGAAUUCCCUCCACCACUUCCAUUUACACUUAGAGUCAGACGAAGUCACCUAGUUGAAGAUGCUCUGCGUCAGUUAAGCCAAGCUGAAACCACUGACCUCCGGAAAGUAUUAGUGGUUGAAUUUAUUAAAGAAAUUCGUUCUGUGGGGGAAGGGGUGAAGUCCGAAUUCUUCCACUGUAUAUUUGAAGAGAUGACCAAGAAAGAAUAUGGAAUGUUCAUAUAUCCUGAAGAGGGUUCCUGCAUGUGGUUUCCUACUAAUCCUAAAUUUGAGAAGAAGAGAUAUUUCUUCUUUGGGAUGCUGUGUGGACUCUCCCUUUACAACUUAAAUGUUGCUAACCUUCCUUUCCCACUGGCUCUGUUUAAGAAACUUCUGGACCAAAAGCCAUCACUGGAAGAUUUAAAAGAACUCAGUCCUGUUUUGGGGAAGAAUUUGCAAGAAGUUCUAAACGAUGAAGCCGAUGACAUUAAAGAAGUACUUGGCAUAUGUUUUUCUAUACACUGGGACCAAAACAAUGCUGAUUUAAUUCCAGAUGGGAGCUCUAUAUUUGUAGACCAAAGCAACAAGAAAGACUAUGUUUCUAAGUACGUUGAUUACAUUUUCAACACCUCUGUUAUGGCAGUUUAUGAGGAAUUUCAGAGAGGAUUUCAUAAAGUCUGUGACAAGGAGAUACUUAAAUAUUUCCAGCCUGAAGAACUAAUGACAGCGAUGGUUGGAAAUACUGAUUAUGACUGGGAACAGUUUGAACAGAAUUCAAGCUAUAUUCCAGGAUACCAUAAAUCACAUCAUACUAUACUGAUGUUUUGGAAAGCUUUCCACAAAUUAACUUUGGAUGAAAAGAUAAAAUUCCUCUUUUUUCUUACAGGAAAUGACAGACUGCAUGUAAGAGGCAUACAGAAAAUGGGUAUUGUAUUUCGCUGUCCCGAAACUUUCAGUGAAAGAAAUUUCCCAAGAUCACUGACCUGUCAUAAUAUUCUGGACCUCCCUAAAUAUUCUACAAUGGAAAGAAUGGAAGAAGCACUUCAAAUAGCCAUCAACAGCAACAAAGGAUUUGUCUCACCCAUAGUCACAGGGUGAUGGUGACCCCUGGGAGUCUCAGAUCUCAGGUCCUCUCACCCUUCCAUCCUUUUCUUCUUUAGGUCUACUUAGUGCAAAGCAUUGAUGGAUUUUAGUUAGAAUUAGCUGACAAAGGUUGGGAUAAACAAUAAAGUAGUGAGUCAAGGAUAACAUUUUUAGUGAAUCAACAUUUCCUGAUCCCUAAACUUGCUUUUAGAAUGAUUGCUUCUUUACUGAAUUAUUUCCUGAGCAGUAAUUAUUUUUAAAUAUACUGAAUAUGAAAAGCUAACAGAUAUUGUAAAAAUCUUAUACAUCUAAUAAACACUGUCUGAAAAUAUAAAAGACAUGCUGAAGUUUGAAUAAAAACUAUAAAUUAAUUCAACAUGUUUUUGAGGCUUGUAGGUAUAUAUUUUCAUAUUCUCCAAAGUUUUGAUUUUAGCCAGACAAUCUAUUUGAAAAAUCAGAAUGUUAAGGGAUUCAUUAACUUAUUGAAUAAUGACUUAAGCUCAAUGCUAUAUUCCAAGAAUCAUUCUAAAUGCAGAUAUCAUUAUUUUGGUAAAGUGUUGAGCCCAGCCAGGAACUCCUGUCUAAUUAUAAUUGGGAAAAAUGAAGAACGUGAAACAUAUUUCAGCAUCAUGGCUAUAGAAGGAAUUAAAGGAGAGACAUAAGUAUGUCGGAAAUGAAUUUUGUGGAUCAAUUCCAUCUCAUAUUAAAUUUUUUUCUAAUUCUCGUA